CCCAGCGCACAGUUCGGACGUAGUUCGUAGUAGAUUCGCGCGUUUCGAGCGAGACAAUUUUCGAAUAGAACGUCCUGCCUGCCUAGCCUAUACUCGGUCGUCCGCGAAAUUUCCUGUUGUUGUUGUGAUUCUCCUGACUGACUACAGGUACAGAUCUGCUUCUCACCUUCCGCGUGUGGCUGUGAUUUUCGGAAAAAUAAAACGCGUCGUGUGUUUUGUUGUUGUUGUUUCGUUGAUUGUCUCCUCUAGAGCGAGCAUUGCCGGUGCCCUGUCGAGGGAUUUUGCUCUCUCUGUGCCGAGUGUCUUGUUGGUUUUUAGUGGGGUACCAGAUAAUGACCAAGUAUUGCCCGGCACUACUGUUCCGGCAGCUCUUGGAGGUCACGGUUUGAGAUUGUGUUUAUAGUUGGUCCAUGGGUUCAUAAAAAGAGUGUUUUACAUCGUGUUUAUUGAGGUACACGAGUUUAAGUGCUUGUUUUUGGGAUCGAUUUUCGAGAUGUGAUACAAAUUGUGGCAUCCUGAGGAAGGGUUCUUCAAUAAAUUUGAAUUAAGGACACCGGAAGUGAUCCGGUUGACCUCAACCAGCUGAAUUAUCCUGCAGCUUAUUGCUUUUAGAAGAAGUUAACCGAAGCGAAAAGUGAAAUUCCUUGCAAAGUGCAAAAAUAAAUUGAAAAUUAAGCUGUUGGUACUUUGUGGCGUUUUGGUUGUUGUUGGGUGCACAAAUUUCGUUACGGAGAUUGAACUCAAAAAGUGCAACCAAAACGUGUCUGUGCGUGAGUACGUGUGUGUAUUUUUUCGGUAGGCAACAGCCACAUGUUUUGGGUGAGUUGAUUUCGGCUUAUGCCAAACCGGUCACUUCCACAGUUCGUUUUUUCGUCGCGGUUUUUUUUACACGCGUGUGCGCAGAUUGCUGAGGCGUAACGCGUUUGAUGAUGUGAUAUUUUUUGUGUUUCGCGGCAAGCAAACGGCGCAUGAAGAAUAAAAAUCGCGAACACGCGCCGCGCAUUAUGAUUGGGGCUGAAGAAGUGAGCGAAAAAUGUUGCUGCUGGUGAACGCCAAUACGACGACGGUGAUGAUUUUGAUGAUUUCGAUGAUGAUGUCAAUGAAUCUGUGAAUGGUAUUAUUGCCUUCGGUGUCAUAAGUUCUUUCACGAAUUGCAUUCGCAAGCUGUCGCCGCGGCGUGAACGUGAUCUGCGAGAAGCCGAAUUGCAUAUUGCAUAGCAUAGCUCCGUCGUAUUGUCUUCAGUUCGCUGAUCUUUCCGCUUUUGAGGGUUAAUGGGUGCUGUGCGGUCAAGAGAAAAUCAGAAGAAGCACACUGCUGGAAUCUGCAAUCUCAAGGUGAAGCACGAAGACUUCUGAGAAACAAACGAGACAUAAACCACACCUUUGACUGCAGCACCAACAACUUGUACCAGCAGGAAACCUCAGCUGGAUGUCAUCAAACAGGCGAAGCUAUCAAAGCGAAGAAUAAACAAUGCCAAAUGACGGCGCUAAUUAGUGGCGGCUGAGGCGGCGUUUUGGCAAACCCAAAUCCAACAACAUCCCCCGGGUGGUUUUCAAUAUUUCUUUUUUUUUCUGUGGAAGAAGCGUUUUACAUUUUUACGAGCGCACCGUUGAGCGUUUGAAAAAGUCAAACGAAAAAAAAAAACGAAGGUGCCGGCAAGUUUGAGCAAUUAGUGUGCAUCUGGAAGAAAAAAAAAAAUUUCGGAAGAAAUUUUGUGUGAUCGUUUCAAGGAAAAGUGCACUAGCGUCAAAAAGCGUGGAAAGUUCCGCAUGUAGGAGUGUUUUUUUUUGUUGUGGAAAAAAAGGUUGUUGUUUUUCAUCUCCGUCGAUCAAAAGAACGCCCACGACCACUGAUUUGAAGUCCAGUCAAUCAGUUAGCAGCUGGUUUUGAGUCAUUUCAUACGCGUCAGGGCUCAUCUAGAUUGUCACGCUGGCAUCCCCGAAUAAUACCGUUCCGCCCGUGUUGUGGCGUGCACGACGAAAAGCAGACACCCGGCAUCAGGAACAGCAGCACCCGGAACAUCCGGAGCAGGACCAUCCCCCCUCCCGGCUGGAACAGCGACAUUCCUCGGGGCAUCAUCCCCCCGGCGGACGCUUCAAGCUGUAUUCCGGUCAGCCCCAGCACCACAAGCUCUGGCGUACGAGGGACGCCGUGACGCUUCUCGGGGCCAACUGGAAAAUUGCACAGAAACUAGGCCUGCACUUGCGCAGUAUAGAGGAGCCUCAGAGCAGAAUGCCCGCCGAGCAGGGGGGCACAGUGGGGCUCGAUACUAAUACGUUGGGCUCUCGCUCUGGUGUCCCCCUGCCGCUUCAACUUCAACAACAACAACAGCCAGGUUCCCAGCCACAACAACAGCAGCCAAACUUCCACCCCCAUCACUAUCCCUCGGGCAGCAACCAUCACCUGUACCAUCAUCAUUAUCAUCAGAACAACAACAGCCAUCAUCAGGUGGUCCCCGGGGGAAGUUCCGGUUCCGGUGGAUCCACUGCUGGUGCUGGAACCUACGAUGCCGAGUUUGCACGGAUGGAGUCCUGGAUGGAUGAGAAUCCGGAAUUCGUGCAGGACUACUUCAUCCGGAAGGCCACCCGGAACAUGGUCGACGGAUGGUUGGUUUCACAUGCGACUCCGGUGACCUCGGGUGGUGGAGGUCAGGGCUCCGGUGGUGCCGGUGGAAGUAUGGAGUCGCCGACCCACGGAGGUCCGGCGGGGAAUUCUUCCAGGGCGGGUUCCGGAGCCACCACUCCGGUGAGGAAAAUCUCUGCUCACGAAUUCGAACGCGGUGGUUUGCUUAAGCCAAUCGUGAACACCAUCGAUGGGACCCCAACAUUUCUCAGCAGCGAGUGCCUGUUGGUGGGCAGCGGCCAUCCGGGACAGAAUGGACCAAUCGGUGGCUGCUUUGGGGGUGGCCUCGGGAUCGGCCAAAGACCCCUGCGGUUGUCCCGGAACGAACUGAAGCAGCUGGACGAACGGGAGCUGAUUUUUGAGCUGGUAAAGGACAUCUGCAACGAUCUGGACGUCCGGUCCCUCUGUCACAAAAUCCUCCAGAACGUGUCCAUCCUGUUGAAUGCGGACCGGGGUUCGCUGUUUCUGGUCCAAGGCAAAAGUACCUGCGGCAACGAUAAUACCAAAAAAUGCUUGGUCAGCAAGCUGUUCGACGUUUGCUCCAGCAGCACUCUGGAAGAGAUGGAGCAACAGGAGGAGGUCAAGGUGGCGUGGGGCACCGGAAUCGCGGGACACGUGGCCGAGAGCGGCGAACCGGUCAACAUCCCCGAUGCAUAUCAGGAUGAACGUUUCAAUCGGGAGAUCGACGUGCACACCGGGUACCGUACAAAGGCGUUACUUUGCAUGCCCAUCAAGGAUGCUUCGGGAGAUGUGGUUGGAGUAGCCCAGGUCAUCAAUAAGCAAGGCGAUCAGUGCUUCACCGCAGCUGAUGAAAAGGUUUUCGCAUCUUAUCUCCAGUUCUGCGGCAUCGGCCUCCGAAACGCGCAGCUCUACGAAAAGUCCCAACUGGAGGUGAAACGUAACCAGGUAAUGCUCGAUCUGGCUCGGAUGAUCUUUGAGGAACAGAGCACGAUCGAGCACAUGGUGUUCCGGAUACUGACCCACAUGCAGAGCCUGAUUCAAUGCCAAAGAGUUCAAAUCCUACUGGUGCACGAAGCUUCCAAGGGAAGCUUUUCGCGCGUGUUCGAUUUCGAAGCCAAUGAUCUCAGCGGAAACGAAGAGGAAGACUCCAGGGCUAGCCCGUUCGAGUCGCGGUUUCCCAUCAACAUCGGAAUCACCGGCUAUGUGGCCACCACUGGAGAGACUGUAAAUAUUUGCAACGCGUACGAGGACGAUCGAUUCGAUCCAAGUGUAGACGAGGGUCAGAGCUUCCGCCACAAAACCAUCCUCUGCAUGGCGAUCAAGAACUCGCUGAGCCAAAUUAUAGGUGUAAUUCAACUGAUCAAUAAGUUCGACGAGCUUAUUUUUACCAAAAACGAUGAAAACUUCGUGGAAGCUUUCGCCAUUUUCUGCGGCAUGGGCAUCCACAACACGCACAUGUACGAAAAAGCCAUCGUCGCCAUGGCCAAACAGAGUGUAACCCUGGAGGUUCUCAGCUACCAUGCCUCGGCCACGAUGGAUGAUGCCGUCCGGUUACGGCAACUCAAAGUUCCUUCGUCAGCGUUUUUCCAGCUGCACGAUUUCCAAUUCGAUGAUCUGCACAUGCAGGACGACGACACGUUGAAGGCCUGCAUUCGAAUGUUCCUGGAUCUGGACUUGGUGGAGCGGUUUCACAUCGACUACGAGGUCCUGUGCCGGUGGUUGCUUUCGGUCAAGAAGAACUACCGCAACGUGACGUAUCACAACUGGCGGCACGCCUUCAACGUUACCCAGAUGAUGUUCGCCAUCCUCACCUCGACCCAGUGGUGGAAGGUGUUCGGCGAAAUCGAGUGCCUGGCACUGAUCAUUGCCUGUCUGUGUCACGAUUUGGAUCACCGUGGGACCAAUAAUUCGUUCCAGAUCAAAGCCUCAUCCCCCCUAGCUCAGUUGUACUCCACUUCGACGAUGGAACAUCACCACUUUGAUCAGUGCCUGAUGAUCAUCAACAGUCCUGGAAACCAAAUCCUGUCCAAUAUGUCCUCCGAGGAUUACAGUCGUGUGAUAAAAGUAUUAGAAGAUGCUAUCCUGUCGACCGAUCUGGCAGUUUAUUUAAGGAAACGGACGCCGUUCCUGAAUCUGGUUAAACCGAACACGCGAUCCUCGCUGUGGUCCACCGAUGAACCGCGGUCGUUGCUGCGGGCCAUGAGUAUGACCGUGUGCGAUUUGGCCGCCAUCACCAAACCAUGGGAAAUCGAGAAGCGGGUGGCCGAACUGGUCAGUUCCGAGUUCUUCGAACAGGGAGAUAUGGAGCGGCAGGCGCUAAACAUUACGCCAAUAGACAUCAUGAAUCGGGAGAAAGAAGAUCAGCUGCCAAUGAUGCAAGUUGGGUUCAUCGAUUCGAUCUGCAUGCCGAUCUACGAAGCAUUUGCAUCGUUAUCCGACAAGUUGAAACCUCUACUGGAAGGAGUGCUUACCAACAAGGCUCAUUGGAUCGAAUUGGCCCAAAGCUCAAAGGAAAAGUUCGCCAACAACAACAACGACUCGACGAGUCACAACAAUAAUCACAACAAUACGAACAGCUGUUCCACGGCCCAGGCCCAUAACAAAUCCAGCAAAAAUUUGGAGCAGAAGGAUUCCUCGGACAGUUCAACCGGAAGUCGACGGCGAUCCAGCAAACUCGGAUCCCCAACCCUAAGUAAAAGUAAAUCCAGUAAUGCCGUUCUGACCGGUAGCAGUACUGAUAAAUCCGAUCAUCAUCAUAGUAUAGGUAACGAUAUGGCGGAGAAGAUCGUCGGCCGGCUGGGGGUGGACCUGAGCUGCUCCACGGGAAUGGUGCCCUUUUCGACGGAUGUGGUGGUUCCGUCCAUUUUGAUCUGCGGCAACAAGAAGGAGAAUGGUUGGACUGCGAGUAGUGGAAGUGGAGCCCAAAAGUGCCGGCUCAUGAGGCUAACGUCCCUGGAGGGCAAAAAGACGACGAUGGCUGCUGGCGAAGGCGGCAAACCCAUUUUGGACCAUUGAACAGUAUAAGUACCGAUCGUUCUGUAACUGUUUAGUAGGUAUUUGCAGCAUCUGUGGGGAAUAUCACGGAUUUGUUGUAUUUGUUUCGCACACGAAUAAUGGCAGCGUGUUGGCCAGGUUGAAGCUGGAGAUCCUACACGAUUUGAAACAUUUUCAGUACAUCAAUUUGUAUCAACUAUCAUUCGUUGGAAUCUAUUUGGACUACUAUUUUGCUCAAAUGGAAAACGUGAAAAAUCAUACUUCUCCUGGGAGUUAGUAGUAUUUAGAAAAGUUUCCAUCCCAAAUCAAAAUUCAGAAAAACUUCCAAACUUUAACAUGAAAAAUAUAAACUUUUGACUCUGGUCACAAAUGUAGUUUUCCAAACUAUUCCACUUCAUGGCCACAUUGCUGCCCAAAGACAUAGGACACAUACGAAUUUAUUGCUGUAUCAUUGUUGAAAGUAACCGUUAGUCUUAUGUCUCAUUGUAAUUUUUACUUAUAUCGACAACAAAAACAGCAUUGGAGAGAACCAUAAAUCCAUUCGUUGCCACCAGCUCCAGCACCAUUCUCCAUUGUUUUCUUGAAAGCUCUCUCUCUAUCUCAGAUUUUAUCCUCCAUUUGGACCGUGAUUUUCUAGCAGAUCUUAAAUUCCUCCUCCAAAACUAGUGGAAUCACAUAACUUAAUGCAAACAAACUAUGCGAAAACAUAAAUUGAGAAAACCAUUAUGCGAUAAUACGAAAGCGAAAACUCUUCUUCCAUCCAAAACUAAUAAAAGCAAGUUCGUUGGAUAGCCCUAAUGGACCAAUGUUCUUCGUGGAUCAACCUAAUGUAAUAAUCUUAAUAAAAAAAAACUAGUUUUAAUAAUCGACAGCACUAGUCAGCAGAUUACAACUGUAGUUAGUAUGUAAGAGUUUGAAUAAAAAUUAAACCAACUCGGAAAUCACCUUCAUGGAAAAUGAUCGUUUAGAUUAAUUUGAAGCAAAUCCCUAUUGCUAAGAAAAUAUAGCUUAGGUUGAGUGAGAAAACGAGCGACUUAGAGCAAGCAAGUGAAAAGUUAAAUCAGUACUGUUUGUCAAUUUUCCUAUGGAAUGUGUUAUCACCUCAUCCUGAUCGAAAAUAAGUUUAAAAAAUCAACAGAAGCUUAAAAUUAGUUGUUAAUGAUGUCAAGUACCGACUUCCCGGAAGCAAGUUAGAAACUUCUAAGGCACACACAAACACAUACACAAGUAUGAAUAU